AUGGGCUCGAUUGAACGCCUCGCCGAGCGUCUGGAGAAGCCAGAGCUCGAUGAUCGAUCAUACCGUGUCAUCCGUCUCGAGAACAAGCUGGAAGCGCUCUUGGUUCACGAUGCUGAUACAGACAAGGCUAGCGCGGCAGUCAACGUCAAUGUCGGAAACUUUUCAGACGAGGAUGACAUGCCGGGAAUGGCUCAUGCAGUAGAGCAUUUGCUGUUCAUGGGAACCAACAAGUACCCCAAAGAAAAUGCCUAUAACCAGUUUCUAGCAUCCCACUCGGGUUCUUCCAAUGCAUACACAGCUGCCACAGAGACAAACUACUUCUUUGAGGUGUCUGCCACUUCCGCCUCGGGCGAUGACGCCCAAUCAAAUGGCGCUGUAUCUCCUCUCUACGGUGCCCUUGAUCGGUUUGCACAGUUUUUUGUGUCUCCCCUAUUCUUGGAAUCAACAUUGGACCGUGAAUUGCGAGCGGUGGAUUCAGAAAACAAGAAGAACCUCCAGAGUGACUUGUGGCGUCUGAUGCAGUUGAACAAGUCUCUCUCAAGCCCUUCUCAUCCUUACCAUCACUUCUCUACUGGUAAUCUCCAGACUCUUAAAGAAGAGCCGCAGAAGCGUGGCUUGGAUAUCCGUAAUGAAUUUAUCAAAUUCUACGAGAAGCACUAUUCGGCCAACCGGAUGAAAUUGGUCGUUCUUGGAAGAGAGUCCUUGGAUCAGCUGGAAAGCUGGGUGGGAGAGUUGUUUGCUGAUGUGAAGAACAAGGAUCUGCCACAGAACCGCUGGGAUGACGUCCAGCCCUGGUCAGCAGAAGACAUGUGUAUCCAAAUUUUUGCAAAGCCAGUGAUGGACACCCGGUCUAUGGACAUCUACUUCCCAUUCCUGGAUGAAGAGUUCCACUAUGACACCCAGCCAAGCCGGUAUAUCAGCCACCUUAUUGGUCACGAGGGACCGGGCAGUAUCCUAGCUUAUAUCAAAGCAAAGGGUUGGGCAAAUGCUCUGUCCGCUGGUGUCAUGCCUGUUUGCCCCGGAUCUGCCUUUUUCACCGUCUCUGUUCGUCUGACACAAGAGGGAUUGAAGCAGCACCGUGAAGUCGCCAAGGUGAUUUUUGAAUACAUCGCCAUGAUCAAGGAGAGAGAGCCGGAGCAGUGGAUUUUUGAUGAGAUGAAGGACAUUGCGGAUGUUGAUUUCCGAUUCAAGCAAAAGUCUCCGGCUAGUCGAUUCACCAGUUCCACAAGCAGUGUCAUGCAGAAACCAUACCCCAGAGAAUGGUUGCUCAGCUCCUCCUCUCUGAGAAAGUUUGACCCCGAGUUGAUCAAGAAGGCUUUGUCAUACUUCCGGGCCGACAAUUUUAGAAUCAUAACCGUGGCGCAGGACUACCCCGGAGAUUGGGAUUCCAAGGAGAAAUGGUAUGGAACUGAAUACAAGGUCCAGAAGGUCCCCGAAGACUUCAUGGCCGAAAUUAACAAGUCAUUGGCGACCACUCCGGAGAGUAGAAUGUCUGGUCUCCACAUGCCGCACAAGAACGAGUUCGUUCCGACCAGGCUCUCGGUGGAGAAGAAAGAGGUUUCGGAGCCGGCCAAGACACCGAAGCUUAUUCGCCAUGAUGAUAAAGUCCGUCUCUGGUUCAAAAAGGACGACCGCUUUUGGGUACCCAAAGCUACCGUUCACGUUACCCUUCGAAACCCCUUGGCUUGGGCAACUCCUGCCAAUCAAGUUAAAGCGAAUAUUUACUGUGAGCUUGUUAGGGAUGCUUUGGUUGAGUACUCAUAUGAUGCCGAGCUUGCAGGCUUGGAUUACAACCUCGCUUCCAGUAUUUUCGGCCUGGAUAUCUCGGUUGGCGGGUACAACGACAAAAUGUCUGUGCUUUUGGACAAGGUCUUGACAAGCAUGCGUGAUUUGGUUGUCAACCCAGACCGUUUCCACAUUAUCAAGGAGCGUCUGUCGCGGGGAUACCGAAAUGCCGAGUACCAACAGCCGUUCUACCAGGUUGGUGACUACACCAGGUAUCUGACCGCGGAGCGAGCGUGGAUCAACGAACAGUACGCGGCAGAAUUGGAACAUAUUGAAGCCGAAGACAUUUCCACUUUCUUCCCCCAGCUUCUGCAACAGACUCACAUUGAGGUUUUAGCUCACGGAAACCUCUACAAAGAGGAUGCGCUCCGAAUGACAGACUCCGUGGAGACAAUCCUGAAAAGUCGUCCUUUGCCCCAGUCCCAGUGGAUCGUGAGACGUAACAUGAUUCUGCCACCAGGAAGUAACUACAUUUUUGAGAGAACGCUCCAGGACCCUGCAAACAUCAACCACUGUAUUGAGUAUUAUCUGUUCAUUGGCAGCAUGACCGACAAGGCACUCCGGUCGAAGCUGUUGCUAUUCGCUCAGAUGACCGAGGAGCCCGCAUUCGAUCAGCUUCGCAGCAAGGAGCAGCUGGGUUAUGUCGUCUGGAGUGGCGCGCGCUACUCCGCCACGACUAUGGGUUACCGAGUCAUCAUUCAGAGCGAGCGCAACGCCAAGUACCUGGAGUCUCGCAUUGAUGCUUUCUUGAGUGGUUUUGGAAAGUCUUUGGAAAAGAUGUCUGACGAGGAGUUUGAGGGCCAUAAACGAAGUGUUAUCAACAAGAGACUAGAGAAGCUGAAGAAUUUGUCUUCUGAGACUUCGCGUCUUUCGACUCACGUUAGCUCAGAGUACUUUGACUUUACUCAGAAUGAGUCCGAUGCUGCCAACGUUAGAGCGUUGACCAAGUCCGACCUCGUCAAGUUCUACAACCAAUUUGCUGACCCGGCUUCUUCGACUCGUGGCAAGAUGUCCGUUCAUUUGAAUGCGCAAGCGGGCGACCAUGUGAACACCGAGGUGCCUGUGGAAGACAAGGCCAAUGGCGUGAACGGUGUCGAGAAGCCCAAGGAGCCCCAGUACAUCACCAAUGUCACCGACUUCAAGUCCCGCCUCUCUGUGAGUGCCGGGCCCAGCCCAGUUACGGAUCUCACUAAAUUCGAGGACUUUGACGCCAAACUCUAA